AUUCAAGCUUUCUUUGCACGAUACCCAGAGUUCUCUUACGAUUCGAGCAAAGAAACGGUGGCCCAAUUUCACGACAUGGCCCGCCAGCUCAAGUGGGAGAAGGCAACCAAGCGCAAGGCACUCGGUGAUAUACAAGGUGCUAUGGCUCAGCAGUUUGACGAGAUAUAUGGAGGGGAUGUGAAUGACUUGCAUGCUUGGCAGAGGCUUUGUGUGUUUGUUGGCCAAGGGGAGAUACCGAAUGAUAUUGACACAUGCAAGGCGGCUAUCAAGCGCGUGUAUGUCAACAUAUGCGACCUUGUCGAUUACCCAGCCACGCAAGUUCCGCCUCCUCUGUUCUCCACUGCGGAGGAGCUGGCUGAUUACAGUUGUUCCCAUGGCAAAAUCUAUCCCAAGCAUAAUGCGAAAGCUGGGGGACUUUUGCAACGAACGGAGGCUAAUGCUUCAGCGGCAACUGUGACGCCAAUCCAGACAUUCUUUGCCCAAUACCCAGACUUUUCAUAUGAUCCUAGUGGGGAGACUAUGAAGCAAUUCCGGAGCAUGAUACGUCAAUUCGGCUGGGUAAGAGAUGACGACGACAACAAAAAAGAGGCACUUUCUGGUAUCCAGGAUGCCAUUGCCCAGCAGUUUAACGAUAUCUAUGGCGGAGACGCCGGCGAUCUGGGUGCGUGGCAGCGACUAUGGGAGAUGGUAGGCCAGGGGGACAUGCCUACCAACAUCAGUGCAUGUAAAGCUGCCAUUGAGGGCGUGUUUGUGAACAUAUGCGACCUUGUUGACUACCCAGCGACCCGUGUUCGACCUCGUCUGUUCUCUUCUGAGAUUCAACUGGCUGCGUAUAGUCGCUCCAAUGGCAAAAUAUAUCCCAAGGACAAUGCGAAAGCAGGUGGGCUUUUGAAGUUCCUCUUGAGGAAGAUAUCCCAUCCUUCGCGGAAUCUUCAGAAUGUGUUCAACACACGGCCACCAACACCUAUCGAAACGUUCUUCGCACGAUACCCGGAGUAUCCAUAUGACCAGAGCAGAGAGACGAUGCUUCAAUUUAGGGAGAUGUCCAACCAAUUAGGCUGGGAUAAACGCGAGAGGUUCGAGGCACUCGAUGACCUCCAUGAUGCUAUUGCCCAACAAUUCAACGACAUAUAUGGUGCCGACGUGAAGGACCUUCAAGCGUGGCAGAGACUCUGUGGGCUGGUGGGCGGCGGGGACAUACCGGACAAUAUUGAAGCAUGCAGAGCUGUGAUAAGAAGAGUUCAUGUGAACAUAUGCGAUUUGGUCGAUUACCCGGCAACUACCAUACCACCUCGCGUCUUCUUAACAGAGAGUGCGUUAGCCGCGUAUAGUCGCUCCAAUGGCAAAAUAUAUCCGAAGGACAAUGCGAAAGCAGGCGGCCUUUUGAAGUUCCUCUUGAGGCACAUAAUAAAUCCGUCGCAUAACCGGGGGAUCAGUUCAGGUAGUACCCGAGGAAGAGGAAGCGGGUAA